AUGGGUCCGGGAGACAGCGGCGUGGCCGCCCCUACCCGUGCAAACGCAUCUGCAUCAGCCAAGUUGACAAAGAAAGAAGCGAAAGAGAUUGAAGAAUACGAAAAGAUUGUGCGGUUUCGCGAUGCCAUUCUCGCGGGAACCCACCCAACCAUCAAGCUCCCACCCGGCCUCACGGCCUUGUCCCACCCCAGCCUCAACAAUGCGAGAACGCCUUCAGAGCCUGGCGAAGUAGACACAAGGCCUGAAUCUCUACAGCAGCUUGCUGGAAGCAUUCAGAGUCAGAACCCUAGCUUGCUGCAGCCUGUACCUGAGGCUAGCGCUGCUGCAACUGAUUCUCAACACCAUAAGCCAUUUGCAACUAGGGCGACAGAGAUCAAUCCCAUUCUUCUUGAGAAAUCUGACGAGCUUGUCAGGGCUGAAAUCCAGCUGCACAGGCAAAGAAUAGAGCGGUCUCUCAGAGACGACAUCGAACAGCGUCGAGUCUCAAAGCAAGUGCAAGCAGAACCCGUCAUUGAAUUUGAUCUGUCCGAUGUACUCGCAAAGGCUCUGACUCUUGUUCAAGCUACUACUAUACCCUUUUCCGCCAAUGGAGGCUCGAUUGCUAAUCAUGAAACUGCAAGUGAUUCUUUUGACGAUAACACCUUUUACUCCUCAAAGCAUGACACGCCCGAGUCUAAUCUGACUUCGCGCUUGCGCCACUCAACUGAUGAUGCCAUGGUGAUAGAUGGCCGCAGGCCAUCUCAGCCAAGCCUUCGUUCAAGCACAGACUACUACGGUAAUAACCAAGCAACUUCUGCGAACAGUUACCAUGCCGCAGGGCCCUCCUCUCAGCCUUCGUCCCAAGCCCACGCUCCGAUGGCGAAUGUUGUCUCGAGUAGACCCGAGAAGGUGCGGGUUCCUGGCCUUCAUAUCCUCGCCAACAAUGGAAUCCCUCCAGUUACCCAAGGCCCUGCUCGUACAGAACCAGAUCGGGUAUUGCAAACGGAGUCUCAAGGAUCUGAAAACGACGAUUCCCUGUAUAACCCAAAUCAGCCUCUACUGCCACGUCCCCCCGUCAUUCGGAACCAUGACUUGAUUCCCGUUGCUCCUCAGCCAGCAAAGAUAGCACCUCUGACUGUAGUCAACGUGCAAACCCCCGUUGUCGAGUCAGCCUCAUCUUUUGGUACAUCAGCACAGGUGGCAGCACUCCGAAACGCGCCCCCUGCAGUUGCCAGCUCCGACAGCUCAUCUCAGGGUGCAAGGGAUACAGAGAGGAGGAAGGGAAAGAAGAAGAGAAAGGCCGACCGGCAAGCGCCAGAGGCUGAGACCGGGCCGCGUAUCAAAGUUGAGCCUCGUUCACAGUCACCAUUGACAGCUCCAGCCUACACCAGACCCAGCAAACGCCAGAGACAGUCUCAAGGACAUGGUAAUGAAUCUGGACAAUCUGAGCUGAGAUAUACCCAGCCACCACCGAAUGCUUCUUACGAGCAGCCGUCACAGGCGUUUCCAAGCGAACAAGCUCCCAUAGCUUACCCAGGACCCGGCCCCGCGCCAUACCUGCCUCAAUCCUCUUCGGGCUCUACUAUUCGGGGUGAGCCAGUUGGGGAACCGAAUCACAACGGAAGUUUCCCUAGCGAUGGUCAUUUGUCUGGUGAGAGCUAUGUCCGCCAUCCUCCCUCGGGUGAGAGCUACGUACGUCAUCCUCAGCCUCAGCCACGGGAUGUGGUAUCAUAUCACCAUCCACCCCCCAGAGAGAUUCAUGGCCCUGCCGGGGUGCCGCAAGUCAUUGCAUAUGACUCGUAUCGGGAACCCAUGCGCAUUUAUCGGGAGCCCUUCGAGGGACCCCGCGCGAGCGUACGCCCAGAGGGUGAGUCUUUCAUAAUCCCCCCACGACCACCAACACGGGUCAUGGUCGAUUCGUACGGGCGGGAGUUUGUCGAGCCUGUGAUCCCCUCCAGCCGGCAAUCUGUUGCUCCCCUGCCCCGAUCUGGAGAGCCGGAAGUGAUUUAUGAGCGCGUACCAUCUCGACUUUCAUCAAGCAACCUCGGGACUGGGCCGUACAACGAAGGCAAUGUGGUGUAUGCCAGGCCGCUGUCGGUCUACGAUCCGGUGAGGAGAGUAUAUGUAUCAGAGCCAGAGUAUCCUUACGACCAUAGGGAUGGUCAGUAUCGUGAACAUCAGUUACAGCAACGAGGAUAUAUUCAGAUUGUGAGGUCUCAUGACGGCAGAAUCAUUGAGGAGCGGCCAACAGAAUACGUCUCACGACCAGCAGGCUUCCGACCGCGACCGUCGCGAUAUGAGCCUAUUCCACCAUACAUUCGUAUGCACAGCACACAUCCGGAUGCUGCCGGCAGAGAAUACAAUGGGGGUAUCCACAUGGAUGGUCGUCACACAGAAGGCCCACACCCGUAUGCCAGAGAGUAUGCUGGUAGCCCCAUGCAGCGAGCUCCCACUGUUCACCGAGAGUUCAGCAUGCGGCCCCCUGAACGGUACCUUGAGCCCCAGAGAGGAGCUACCAGAGGAUCGGAUGAAAUCGCCUUCAUUGAGCGGCCUCGCGGAGCAUCGCGGGAAAUUGUGUAUGUGGAUGACGUCAGGCGAGAGGUUUAUCGUUGA